UCGUCUGUGUUUUCUCUGUAUAGUUCUCCCUGCUUGUCAUGUUUCCUCGUGUUUCAGGUUUGUAGGUUGGCUCUUAGUUUUUCCCAGUUUAGGUUUGCUUAGUUCUGUUCGUGCUGUCACCGCCUUUUGUUUGUUGUCACCCUCCAUCAAUAAAGCUCACUGACUUCACAGCAGUGUCCGCAUCUUGGGUCCUUUAAUUAAUUCCACAUGCCUGCUGCUGCAGCCGUGACAGAUGCAAGUUUUUCCAUGAGCUUGCUCCGAUGAACAGACUUUCGAGACGAAGACAGUUUACGUUGGGGAGAAUAUUAACCUGACAUGCCCCCGUACGGAUGUAGGAACCUUGUUUUGGAUCAAGCUUGUUUCUGGAGACUUUCCUAAAAUCUUAGGAAGAUCAUUUAGCUCUCAGAGUGCUGAUCAGCGCAUUAGAACUGUAACAGAUCCUGGAAUAUUUGAUCUGUAUAUUACAAAAGCACAGCAGAGUGAUACAGGAGUUUACAUCUGUAUGAAAACAGCAAAUCGAGAACUAACAUUUUUGAAUGGAACCUACUUGAAAGUUGAAGGACCUGAGCCUCCUUUCACUACAACUCCUCCACCUGAUUCUGUCCAUCAGAAACGCACAGUGACUCUUCAGUGUUCAGUCCUCCAUGACUUCCAGAAUAAAACAUGUCCAGAUGACAACGUGUUCUGUUUGAGUGUAGAACCACAUCAGCCUCACCCGGGUUCUAAUUAUACUCAUGUGAAUGGUGGAGAUGAAUAUGAAAGGAACUCAGAGGCACUCUCAACAAAAACAUGUUUCUACAGCUACUUCAGAAACCUCAGCUCCUCUGAUUCACAGACGUAUUCCUGUGCCGUGGCAACAUGUGUAGAGUCAUUUUCUGGAGACAAAACAAAAGGCGAUACUGACGCAGUCAACAAGACUAAUUCAGUGAAGGACUAUGCACUUCUCUAUCUGUUAUGUGUUGCUUUGGCUGUAACCCUGAUUGUUAUAGCCUCUCUAAUCUAUUCAGUCAAGAAGAAUAGCUCAUGUGUGGGUUGCAAUGAUGCAGUCGCUUUACGAACAAAUGUGACAGCAAAAGGAGAUCAGGAAAUUCUGCAGACAGAUGAAGACUCAUUGGUUUAUUCUGUAGUAAUUUUCACUUAUGGAAAAAUGGGAUACAGGAACAAGGACAACAGAACCUGCAGAGGACGAAAACAUCUGUACUGAUUUAAAGGCUCUUGAGGUGGAUUAAUAGCUAGCGACAUUUAACUCUUGCCUUUUAAAUUGUGUUAGAAAUGUACUUAUCCUUCUAGCUACCCUUUUUUCUCGCAUUUUAUUAAUAGUUAUAUAGACAAAAAUAAAUAAUUACAAUGAUAAUUUUUAAUUUGUUUUUCUAAUAGAUGUACAUAGGAUUAAUCCUAUCUAUGAAUGGUUUUUCUGAUGUUGUGAUAUGUUUCUACAUAUUCUUGUAUCUGUAUAUAUUUCUUCAUGGCCCACAUCAAUAUGUUUAUCUCAGUGUAAUGUAUUGAAAGGAAAAGGUGGAAAGAGUAUAUGUAUUACUCCCUUCUUAAUAGACAGACAUAGAAUAGUGUACUUCAAACACCAAAUUUUUUAAUUUCAUGUAAUAUAAUUGUA